UCCGCGGAAGAGCGCCGUGAAUAAAUACAGAUCGGAACAAUCCAGCGAACACAUUUCAGCUAGAGACUGGGACUUCAAGGACAACAUCCUAAUCGCAACCAAGGGGGCAUUCGUAACCUCAAAAGCGCCCACUUUUAAAAGGCACAGAGGUCCAGAUAUACUUGAAAAAAGCCAUGACCAGACUGCUGGCACCUUUGAUCCUCCUGUCAGCUCUCUGCUGCUCUCUAGCGGACGAGAUGGUGCUGCACCGAUUCAGAAGAGGUUCACGAAGCUAUGGAGACCGCUGUGUGGACAGUCAGUCAGCUGCAGUGCGGGUUCGCGGGGAGACCUGGCUACGCUGGAGGGGCCAGCGGGCAGAGUUCUGCCGCUGUGCGGCACGAGGGCGAGAGCGUUGUCACUCGGUACCCGUCAUCACGUGCUACUCCUCACGGUGCUACAACGGGGGGACGUGCAAAGAGGCGGUAUACUCCACGGACUAUCUAUGCCAGUGUCCUCCAGGAUUCUCUGGGCCUCAGUGUGAGAUCAAUACGAAUGAGAAGUGCACCAUUGACCGGGGCGUGAGUUACCGCGGCACGUGGAGCGUCAGUCAGACCGGAGCCGAGUGCAUUAACUGGAACUCCACAGCCCUGAGGGGAAAGAAGUACACGGCGAUGAGGCCGGACGCGGGGACCCUGGGGCUGGGCAAUCACAACUACUGCAGGAAUCCUGACAAUGACACUAUGUCUUGGUGCUACGUCUACAAAGGCCUCCAAGUCACCUGGGAGUUUUGCACCCUGCCCGCCUGUCCCUCAGACCAAAAUCUGGAGUGUGUCAAAGAUGAUAAUGGACAGUCAUACCGUGGGACGAAAGCAGUGACCAAGGGGGGGUCAAAGUGCCUGCCCUGGGACUCACCUGUUGUGGCUCGCAAAGUGAAUAACGCCUGGCGAUCUAAUGCCAGGGAGACAGGCCUGGGCAGUCACAGCUACUGCAGGAACCCAGACAGUGACCUGAGCCCCUGGUGCCAUGUGUACAAGGGCUCCCAGCUGACGUGGGAGCACUGUGACAUCCCCAAGUGUGCAAGACGACCAUCGGGCGGCACCACACUUGGCCCUCGGUCACCAAUUACCACCACUAACAGAGCCACCUGCGGGAAAAGAGUGGACACGCCCAUGUCACGCCUUAGUCCCAUGUUCCGGAUCCGUGGGGGUCAGGAGAGUGACAUCACCGCCCAGCCAUGGCAAGCGGCCAUCACUUUCUACAGCCGGCGCGCCAAGACCCAGGUGUUCCUCUGCGGGGCGGUGCUAAUCGACUCCUGCUGGGUGCUGUCAGCUGCCCACUGCUUUCAGGAACGUCAUGCAGCAGGGGCCCUCCAGGUGGUCAUGGGCCGGACGUUUCGGCAGAGGAAUUCCAGCAGUGAGCAGAUCUUCAGUGUGGAAAAAUACUGGUUGCAUCAGCAAUAUGAUGAAGAAACAUAUGACAAUGACAUCGCUCUGUUGAAGCUUAAGAGCGACGUGGGUAUCUGUGCUAUCAAUUCCCCUGAGGUCCUCCCAGCCUGCCUGCCUGAGCCCAGCCUGGUGCUGCCGGACUGGACUGAGUGCGAGAUCUCGGGAUACGGGAAAGAGAAAGAGUUUGAUGCAUUCUACUCUGAGCGAGUGAAGAGAGGCCGUGUACGGCUUUGGCCACACAACCUUUGUGUGCCUGAGAGACUGUCCGGCCGCCUGGUCACCCAGAACAUGCUCUGCGCCGGAGACACCCGUGGAUUGGAUGAUGCCUGCAAGGGAGAUUCCGGUGGUCCACUGGUCUGCCCGAAGGAUGGCCGUCUGACACUCAUGGGGCUCAUCAGCUGGGGGGAUGGCUGCGGAAAGAAGGACACCCCGGGGGUGUACACCCGCGUCACACGGUACAUUGACUGGAUCACCAACACGAUGACGGGCCGGAACAACUGAAACUGACUGCUCGUAUUCAGCACACAUGUGCAGCUGGUUUGUGGCUGGGCCAUCAGGCUGGGCUUCUGCUGGGACACUCUUCAAUGCCUCAGCUAAUGUUAGCUGUGGUUCUCCGGUUCACACGGUCGCGUGGAAGAAGCAGGCAGAAAAAUGGACCAUCGAAUGCAGAGAGGCGUACAAAGAGGAGCUUGUCUCUACAGCCUGUCUCUUCAUUUUUUAAUCACCCAUUUUUCUGUUGAUUUGUCAUGAAAAUGAAAUGGACAUUGAAAUGCUGGCAUAAUACCUAUAGCAGAUUAAUGUUUAUUAUAACCCGCCUCAGCUGAUUUCAGAACAGGCAAAGGUUUUCCCCCUCUGUGCAUCACACAUAUUUCAGUAUGCCUCCUAUAGUGGCACUGUCCUUUGAUCAUCUACCAUAUUCCUUUAAUAGAAAGAUACUUGGUGAUGUUCAUACAGACUGGGUAAUAACCUGUCAGGGGAAAAUUAUUUGUCCCUGCUUUUAAUCGAUACAAUUUUUUUCUGUUGCUGUAUUAAAAUUUUUGUCCAAAGUUUGUUGACAAAGUCGACUGAUACCUCCAUCACAACGAUACACAAUCACUGCUGUGCAAAAGUCAUAGUCAUUUAGCAUUGUUACUAUCUGAUGCAAAGGGAAGUUGAAAUGUUAUGGAUAUUUAGCAUUUUGUUUUUUGUCCCUUUCUCAACACUGAUGUAUGGACAAUGCCAGUUUAAACUUCUGCCAGUGCUGUUAUCAAUACAAUGCCUGUCUUGUUUUUAUUCCUUAAGGAUAUUAUCUUCAAGAUAUGUACAGUUUCACACAGACAUAUGUAUAUGCAUACAUAUGUGUGAUUGUAGUGUUUUGGAGUACCCUCAAUUUUGAAAUCAAUCCCUGACAAAAGUUUAGAACACUACACAUAAGAGAAUCUGCUGGGGCGGAGUUGCAACACAAUGCAGCAUUAAGGCAGACUUUUAAUUCUGCCUUCGUUUUUAGGUUAUUGGGCUUGACCCCAGACCUAAACAUAUACAUUCAAGAUCAAUAAAAAUAAACAGCGGAGAUAAGUUUGAAGCAAACGACUACGGCGGCUGACUGCAAUGCAUGUGGAACACACUCAAAAAUGCAAAAUUUCAUUUGUGUAUGUAGGUGUUUUUACAUUAUGCUUGCUUCAGUAGAUUUUAAAGACUUUUUAACGUGUGUAUUAAUUUAAUAUUUAUGUAUUUAUAGACUGUAACAAAUCAUGUUAGCCAUGUGAGAUACAUGUAAUAUGUUUGAUUUAUACAUCCUUAUUUAUUUUUUUAUGUGUUUUUGUUAGCUUUUUGA